UCUUCACAGGUGUGUGCUGCAGGACCCACAGAUGCCCAAUUCCACCACAAUGUCGGGGUUUCUCCUCGGGGGGUUUUCGGACGUGUGGGAGCUGCGGGUUUUGCAGGUCCUGUCCUUCUCUCUGAUGUACUGGAUUACUCUGGUGGGGAACCUUCUCAUCGUUGCGGUCACCACCAUUGACCAGAGCCUCCACACCCCCAUGUACUUCUUCCUCCAGACCCUGUCCAUCCUGGAUGCCUGCUACAUCUCCGUGACCAUCCCUAACUCCUGUAUCAGCUUCCUGCUCAACAACAGCUCCAUCUCCAAGACAGGAUGCACAGCUCAGGUCUCUCUGGUGGUUUUCUUCAUCUGCAUGGAGCUCCUGUUCCUCACUGCCAUGGCCCAUGACCGUUAUGUGGCCAUCUGCAGACCCCUCGUCUACCCUGUGAUCAUGAGCUCGCAGAUCUGCCUGCACAUGACACUGGCCUCCCUGAUCAGUGGCCUCAUGUAUGCAGGUGUGCACACCGGCCACACCUUCCGGCUGCCCUUCGGUCCGUCCCGUGACAUCCAUCAGUUCUUCUGCGACAUCCCCUCUCUGCUGAAGCUCUCCUGCUCUGACACUUCCAGCAACGAGGUCAUCAUUGUUGUUUCUGGUCUGGGAAUUGGUGGUGGCUGCUUCAUUUUCAUCAUAAGAUCUUACGUCCACAUCUUUUCCACUGUGUUCAAGUUUCCACGUGGCACAGACAGAAAGAAGGCCUUUUCCAUGUGUGUUCCCCAUAUCCUGGUGGUGUCUGUCUUCCUGGGACUGGGCUUUUACAUGUACCUGUGGCUGUCGGCUGCAUCUGCAGCCACCCAAGAUCUGGUCUUCUCUGUGUUUUACUCCAUGGUCCCUCCUCUCUUCAACCCCAUUAUCUACAGUCUGAGAAAUGAACAAAUAAAACGUGUCAUCACGAAAAUCACAAAGAGAAUGUUUUAUUCAGGAAAUUUAUAG